AUGAAAAUCCCUUAAUUCCUCACAAUGUCAUCCAGAGGUGGGGUUCCUCCCAGUAUCAGUGUCUCAGCACGCUACGACAUCCUCAGUUCCUCCUCUCCCUCUUCUUCUCCUCCUUCUGCCAUCCCUCCAUCUCCAUCUUGCAGCAUAGAUGAGUCCUACAAGUACAUCUUCCUCCCCAUCUGUUACUCUUUCACAUUCAUCUUCAGCAUCUUCCUUAACUCUGUCGUCCUCUACCGUUCCUUCCGCCAGACCAAGCGCUGGAAUGCCUCUCUCAUCUACAUGGUCAACCUGGCCUCUACAGACUUCAUGUACGGCUUGUCACUGCCAUUCCUUGUGGCUAGUUACAUCAUGCGUGACCGCUGGGUCUUUGGGGACUUCAUGUGCCGCCUCGUCCGUUUUUUGUUCUACUUUAACCUCUACUGCUCCAUCUUCUUCCUCACUUGUAUCUCUGUCCACAGGUACCUCGGUAUCUGCCACCCAAUGAAAGUCAUAACUCUGGAGACCAAGAAAGCAGUAAAGUGCACUUGUGUCCUGGUUUGGAUUGUGGUUUUUGCAUUGACUUGCCCUAUCUUCCGAUUUGCUCAGACUGGUCAUGUGACAAGAUCGGGGGGGCUUGGCACCAAUGCAAGCCAUGAGAUAACAUCGAUAAAUGGUAAUGCAAGCCAUAGUAACUUGGGAGGGGUCACUGAGGAGUACCAGAACUGUUGGGACGAUGCCAUAGAUAAGGAAUUCCCUGAUUAUGUACCCUAUGGAAUCAUACUCCAUUUGCUGGGCUUUUUUGUGCCUUUUUCCAUAAUUGCUUGGUGUUACUCUCACGUUGUUCUAACCAUAUUUAGGACUCUGCACUCGCGGCCCUCAUCCCACAGAGGUCCGAGAGAUGGAGGACAUGAAGGAGUAGAGAGAAGAGAGAGGACAAGCCCUGUGAUAGUUGGAAGAGAAAGAAGAGGACGCAAUGGAAUGUCAAGAGCAGUGGGAAGAGAUGAAGGGAUUUCCAUUUUUCUUGGUGCCCACUCUCCAUAUGCUAAUCGCAGACGUAAAUCUAUCAAGACCAUCAUCACCAUCACCCUCCUCUUUGCUCUGUGCUUCUUCCCCUUUCAUGUUACUAGAACCAUCUUCCUCCUCCUGAAAGUGACUAAGAGAGUCCCCUGUCACACCAUGACCAUGGUCUCCAUGUGCUAUAAGAUUACAAGGCCUUUAGCGUCAUUCAACGCGUGGCUCAAUGCCCUCCUUUAUUUCCUGACUAAAGACAAGGGGGGAGCUCACUGUUGCCAGACGGUAAACAGCAAUGCCCAACAACAUGGCGGGUUUCUGUUGCCCCUGAGGAUAAUGGGAAAAGGAGAGGAUGCAGAGGAGGGAGGGAUGGCAGAUGGAGUCAACAAUAAGAAGGGUAAAGCAUUUCAUGACAGUCCGUCAUACAUAAACAGAGCAAAAGUCAGAUAUAUAGUCGAAUGA